ACCCCCCACCAUCCGCUCUCCCGGUCCGUUCGCUCGCUCGCCGCGAUGAAUUUCAUUGCACGCUCAGCGCAGCGAAGCGCCGAGUGAGUGAGAGACUCGGGAUCGGACGUGAAAUCUCGGCCAAGUGGAUUCCCUCCGCCCUGGCCGCGCGGGGCAGCCCCGAACUGAGCUAUGUAGGUUGAGCGUCUUGAGCCGUCGCCCCCGCUGCUACUGCCACUGCUGCUGCUGCAGCCACUGCUGCUACUGCUGCUGCUACUGCUGCCACUGCUACUGCUGCUGCUACUGCUGCUGCCAGCUGUCUUUGCCUUCUCGGCAAAAGUGGCUCGACACUACUGACAGUGUUUGCUGCCGACGUCGCUGCUCCAUCCAGCCUCUGCUGCCACUUUUUGGCAGAGGCACAAUUCUCUCGCCGAACGUCGUGAAGACGGCGGCGGCGGCGGUGGCGUCGCCCGCUCGCCAUGAACUGGAUUCCGGGAGACGCGGCCGAAUGGGCUUCAUCUGCACCGCGUCAGGUGGAGACCUUCCUGUGGGUGGGAGAGGCGACGUCCCCUCGGGCGCGCAAGAUCGCCCAGGCCAAGUACCAGUUCCUCUUCGGCUCCUCCGAGCAGGAGGCCUCAGCGCACGAAGGUGCCGCAGGCCAGCGGGAGUCAAACCUCAAUGCGGAAUCUCAGGAUGCGCACGUGAGCCAAAGGGACGGCGGCAGCGAGGACACGAACACAGACGGCGGGGCCGAAGCGGCAGCGGAGGGCAUGGACACGGCCGGCGCCGUUCAGCCCGAUGACAAAUCCCUGAUCACGGCCCAGGCCGACGGUGGCCCCACUCACUUGGCGCCAAGCGUCCGCAGACAUGAAGACGGCGACUCGGAGCAAUUGCAGGCGACCGACGGGGACCGUGGAAGGGCAACCGGAAGCGCUCCUUCGAAGGACAGGAAAGUAUCGCACUCGGACGACUUCAACGGCUGCCUGGAACUAGACUCCCUCGUCAUUUCAGAAGAAGACGAUCCCCCGUGCGAGGGCAGCUCCGAGCAGCCAAGGGGGGACAUCGAUGGAGGACACGCUGAGGUCAGACGUGUUUCGGACACCCAGGGAGUUGGCGUGCAGUCUGUCUUAGGUGCGACGGGACCCCGGCCGACGGAGCUGACGGGACUGAGCAUAGUGAUGCCACUCGCCGCCAGAGAGGAGGCCGCAGGGGAAGAAGCGAGCGGACAGAGGAGGGUUGAGGACGAGUGCAGCGCUGCGGCAGAGGAGGAUGGAGAGGUGCCCCUGGAGGACGAGGUGUUUGUGGAGCCUGGGCGUGUCUGCCCGGAGAGCCCCAACAAGGGUCCCACGGCAGAGGGGGGAUUGGCCAGCCUCAUGAUGCGUGAGAUCCGGCGCAGCGUGGAGUUGGUGCCAGGAGAGGGCGGCGGUGGCAUUGGCGGCGGCGCCGGCAUUGCCGGCGGCGGCAGCGGUGUCAUUUGUGCCGAAGAUCCCAGCACCGACACCUUCAGCCGCGACGCUGAGAGCAUCCUAGAGGCUCACCACGAGCGCGGCAUGUCCUACUCGAGCAUGGACUCGCUCGACGUUCUCAGCUCGGCCGCCCCUCCAUCCGGUGAGCCGGAAAGCGCCGCCGCCGACGACGACGACGAGCCCUGCUUCGAUUUCUCCGAGGCGACGCUCACGCCGGGGGUUCGCGAGUGGAUGAUGGACGCUUCGGACACUUCACCAGUUCCUUCUCUGAACUUCGCCGGCAGCCCGAGCAUCUCUUCUCCGUUGCGGGAGUUGUCCCCCCCGUCGGCGCCGCACGACGCGGGCCGCUCGCCCCAGCCGCGGAGUCGGAGCGACGAGCGGACGUCGCCGCUGGGUCCGCCUCGCGACGCCCGGCGAAGGACGGAGGGCGAUAGCUCUGCGGACUCGGCGGUCUGGGAGCAGAAGGCCGCAGAGAGCCCGCCCGACGCGAGGAGCGGCGACUCCGAUGUGACGCAGGCCGAAGAGGGUCUGACGGUCCCUGCAGUUCGUGAUGCAGAUCGUGACUCGGGCCAAAGAGACGCGGAAGGACAACGCUCAUUGACCGCCGCCGACGGGAAUUCCUCUUGCGAGCAGAGACGAUCGAAAUCUUCGUCGCCGGCUUGCGUGAGCCUUGCGAGCGUUCCCGACCGUGCCUUUGCCGGGCAGAAAGGGGCCUUAGAGGGAGGCCUGACCAGUGUUUUGAGCGCCGAGGUUAUCUCCCAGCAUCAAUCGGCGGUUUCAAACAGCCGCUCGGAAAACGUGCUGAGCAGUCGCGCGACAGCGGACUUGGAGCGGGGAGAGAUUUCGCCAGGAUUACCGUUAUCCGUGAGCAGUGAUGCCAGGCUUCCCGAGGCAUCGCGGGAAAACGCGUGGCAGGCGGACGGGCGCGUCCCCGGCCAGGGCAGCAUGGAAAUGCGGCAACCGCGGGGCGUCUUCUCCGAGCCGCCGCCUUUCAUAACCAACGGAAGCCGAGCGGACGUGGACGCCGCGCACCGCCUGGCGCGACGCCUCUUCUACCUCGACGGCUUCCGACGCUCCGACGUGGCGCGCCACCUCGGCAAGAACAAUGAGUUCAGUCGGAUGGUGGCCGAGGAAUACCUACGCUUCUUCGACUUCUCCGGGAAGACGCUGGACCACGCACUCAGGAUGUUUCUGAAGGCGUUCGCCCUCAUGGGGGAGACACAGGAGCGCGAGCGGGUGGUCGUGCACUUCUCCCGACGCUACCACACGUGCAACCCCGACGGUGUCUCCUCAGAGGACGGAGUUCACACACUCACUUGUGCCCUGAUGUUGCUGAAUACGGAUUUGCAUGGACCCAACAUUGGCAAGAAGAUGAACUGCCAGGAGUUUAUCGACAACCUCGUUGGACUCAAUGACGGCCGCGACUUCCCCCGCGAUCUUCUCAAGGCUCUUUACAAUUCCAUUAAGAAUGAAAAACUGGAAUGGGCGAUAGACCAAGAUGAGCUGCGGAAGUCUGUCCCGGAGCUUCCGGACAGCAAGAACCUUCCGAGCAAGGCGAUCACGGGAAGCAACCCCUUCCUGCCGAUCAUCCACGACCCCAACGCGGCGACGUACAAGCAGGGCGUCCUCGUGCGCAAGAUCCACGCUGACGCGGACGGCCGCAGGACGCCGCUUGGCAAGCGAGGGUGGAAAUCUUUCCACGCAGUGCUCAAGGGGAUGAUCCUCUAUUUGCAGAAGGACGAGCACAAGGCGGACACGCCGGUGUCCGACGACGACGCGAAGCAGGCGGUGAGCGUGCACCACGCCCUGGCCACGCGCGCCACCGACUACACCAAGCGGCCGCACGUGCUCAAGCUGAAGACGGCCGACUGGCGCGUCUUCCUCCUGCAGGCCCCGAACACCCAAGAGAUGGAGUCGUGGAUCACGCGCAUAAAUCUGGUGGCCACCCUCUUCUCGGCUCCGCCAUUCCCGGCGGCCAUCGGAUCCCAGAAGCGCUUCAGCCGACCGCUGCUGCCGGCGUCUGCCACCAAGCUGCCGCAGGAGGAGCAGCUUCGCUCACAUGAGGACAAGCUUAAGGGCGUGACCUCUGACCUGGACCAGCAUCGCUCCUACCCACCUGACCCGCGUCGCGUGCGUGCCAAGGAGGCCGAUGACUACCGUCUCAAGCAGCACUACCUCGAGUUCGAGAAAACGCGCUACGGCACCUACGUGACUCUGCUGCGCGCGAAGAUGAAGCUGGGCUCGGACGACCUCUACUUGCUGGAGGCGGCCGUGGGGUCGCCCUCGUGCCCCGCUGUCGCCCCGGACGGCGAGGGCACUGCCAUGCGGAAGGCGCGAUCCAGCCCGACGCUGGCGCACGCCGCCGCGGGCGCCAGUGCCGAGCCGGAGCUGACGGGGGCUCGCGUCCGUCGCAACGUGUCCGACUUGCAGGAGCAGAAUCGGCCGUAGGGCCCCCAUCCCCCACACCCCCCCCCGCCCCACCGGGGUUGCACCUGCAUCCCCUGCUGCAGGUGCAGGAGAUGAUGAGAUGACGUGGCGGUGUGUUUUUGCGUCAAGUAGGGUGCCCAUCUUGCUGACGGGCGCGAGUAUCACUCUCUCCCGGUGGUAGCCUUGCAGGCGGGAAGGUGUGAUCGCGGUUCCACGUUUGGGUGGGCUCACCGCGGAUCACUUAACGCAACGCUUAAGCCUCGCUUACGUGACGUGGCGGGGCGCGUUAAGUUAACCCCGCUGCCGCGUACCUCCGAGGUUUAACUCGGGGACGUUAAGUGAACGUUACGCGAGCCGGCGGCCAGUCGGCGGAGCAAAGGGGGGGGGGGGGGCAGAGCCCCGAGUUGCUGCGACAAUUUUUAUUGUUCCAGUCGCGAACGCGCGACGUGCCGCACCGCGUCGCCCCAACGUUGGCGCGUGCCGGCACGUUGGGACCACGCGGCCCCGGCGUGAACCCCGCCGUUCCUGGUUUAUUAUCUUAGUCAGGGUUGCCCUGCACAAAAACCGGGGGCAGUCGGUCUCGCCGUGCCCUGACCAGGUUAAUAUCGGCGAUGGAAUCGAUCGACGGCGUUGUUAGUGCCUGCAGUGUUUUAAAGGACCUCCAGUCAGCAAGAUGGCAUCUAAAUUCGCACGCGGAAGCCACGCGUCGUCCCGUCUACUUCUGCAAUGGUGGCCCCUACGUUUCUCCUUCCUCACGUCCACAGCAUCCAGCACAGUCCAUCCUUCCCUUUCGCCCUGCCCAAGCCCAUCCACUCAAAAGCAUCCGUGGCUGCCGUCACCAUGUCGUUUGAGGUCUAGUCCGUAGCGCUCUAUUACACGCGUAUUAAGCCCCCGAGUAAAAAAGAUUCGCGUGGGGCUCGUGUGCGCCGUGCUGUGCCGUAAACUGUGCCGUACGUUGGGUGACAGUGCCAAUAACAUCCUUAACAUUGCAGCCUAUAGGCUACAUCGUGUAAUGUGUUUGGCCGUAGGCUCGCACGAGUGUGCAGGUAAAACCCGCUGUGUUGGCUUCGCGUGUGUGUGUACGUGCGUACACGUGUGUGCGAUUCGCAUUUCUAAUCGUGAAAGCGGUGGGUCGUAGGAGAUGCCAUCGCUCCCAAUUGCUCACCCCGUGUUGGCUUUUCUGUUUAGAAUACAAAUAGGUUGUGGGAUCCUGAUGAGUAUCGUGCACAGCCGUCACCACCAUCCUCGUGCACGCGUGCACGCGUGCACACACACGCGUGUGUGUUCACGUGGGUGUACGCCGUGAGGGUGCGUAGGUUAGCGAGUGGGAAGGGCGGCGUAGUUUGUGCGGCGCUGUCGGGCGCGGUUGUGAAACGGGUACACUUUGUGUGUCUUUUCUCCACUGAAAACCAUGUUUACUCAAAGUACAUUUAGUGAAUGCGCAUCAUUUAAAGAACAAAACUUUUAAGUUGCUAUGAAUCUGCACAAAUGUCGCCAGUCUGAGCGGUGACCAAUCGUAAGAUGUUCCAAAGCGCUCCUGACAAAUACGUCGUAACGUUGUGUCCUUGCGGAUGUAGGCUACCCUCGAUAGAUGUAAUGACAUACGAAUACGGGUUUGUGCUGUGCGUUUGCUUGCGUUGUGUUUACGCAUGGGUUGCAACUAAGCACGUGCUCCAUCUGUCAGUUGGGGAAAUCUCAAACACCGACCUUUGCUUUCCGCGCUCUUCCAGGCCCCUCACCAAAUCCACUGCACUCGCACGGUACGCGUACAAAGUGUGCAUAGCACAGAUUGAACAACGUGGGAAAGGAAGCAACACCACUGCGGUGUUCGUACAUUCUGCGCUGAGAGACGCGCGGGUCACGCGGGGUUUUUCAACUCGGUUCCUCCUACGCCGGUUGAGUCCGAUCCUCAUGAAACACGCUCAUCGCGCAGAACCGAGGCCACGCGAGGGAGCCACGACAUGCCCGUGUGCGAGUUUGCGCGCGAAUAGACGUGACCGGAGGACCCGGACGAGGUGAAUUGGAUUCACGCGGGCACACCACGCGAGUUCAGAAAACCGCCCUGCGUUGUUCUGUGGACCGGAGGCGCGGCAGCAGCAGCAGCAGAGGCAGCAGAGGCAGCAGAGGCAGCAGAGGCAGCAGAGGCAGCAGAGGCAGCAGAGGCAGCAGAGGCAGCAGAGGCAGCAGAGGCAGCAGAGGCAGCAGAGGCAGCA